GUUUUCAGAAACAGCAAACAUUUGCAAAGUUUAGUCGACAAAGGAAAGUAAGAUCCUUUUAGUUCCUAUAAACACGCAAAAUGGACCUUUCUCGUGCUCCAAACGAACGGAAGUUAUACCUGUGCAAAUGGUACUUCAAAGCUGGUUUUGCGCUGCUACCAUUCCUGUGGUCCAUCAAUUCUAUCUGGUUCUUCAACGAAGCGUUCCGUAAACCAGCCUACGAGGAGCAAAAAGAAAUUAAAAAAUAUGUAAUAUUUUCGCUGAUAGGAACGUUAGCAUGGAUCGUCGCUAUCGUGGCGUGGGUGGUUACAUUCCAGUUAAAGCGGACCGAUUGGGGAGAGUUUGCGGACAACAUUAGCUUCAUCGUGCCACUAGGAAGGGCGUAGUGCCUACGUCUAGUGAUAUUGGCUUUCCAACAUUAGGCUUAAAUUUACAAAUAAUACAAUUCGUGCGCGUUCGUGUACGACAAUUGAUGUAUUUCAAAGGUCCGAAGAUGUUCAAACACAUCUUUUAAGGGCGAAAUAAACUCAUGUCUUUUGUAGGUUAACUG